UAAUGUAACAUAAAAUAUUAUUUCUCUCAUGUACGUAUAGAGUACUUCCGUUUGGUGCUUUCUAGUUGAAAACACGCGUUGCAUUGUAUCCUUUCAGUUUCUACGUCACAAUAACAUCUAUUUUAAAAACAAAGAGAGCACGUGCAGACAUAAAACAGCGAACCGUUGUUACAAUUUUCAAAAUGAAGAGGAUCUGAAGUGAGCGCGCGAGCGCAUCAACAGAUGAAAUGAGAUUCUCUUUGUUCUUUUACGUUUCGCGCUUCUUCUGACCGCUUUAAUCGUGAUACAAUAAAAUGCAAGUCAAACGAUCGAUAUGGAGCAAUGAACUUGAAAUUGGGUCAGUGUAUUCUGUGGCUGGUGUGCAAAUAAGCCAAAAACUCUUUACUAAUAUAAUGCAAUGUAGCCUAUUUGAUAGUCUUUUCUGAAAGUAAACAGAGAUGCUUCUAAAGCAGUGAAGCGCUUACACUGUGGAAAGUCCCCACAGAUAAGAUCAAGAGAGAUUGUACGUCAUUAAUAGGUAUAAAAUAAGAAUUGUUGAAUUAUCUGUGCGGGUUGAAAAGUUAUACAUAAUUCAUAUUUGCAAGUCUAAAAGCAAAGAGCACCUGCAUCUGCAAAACAACAAUCGGAUGCAGUGGUUCAAAAUAGCAUACUACUACUACUAUUUCUGCAGGAUGCAUACAGUGUGCAGUAUGCAAAUUGUCUGUAUGCAUGCAACAUCCGAAUGACCUACUACAUUUGCCAAAAGGUGCAGUGAACAACAUGAGUACACUGUGAGGAAUACUGUGUCCUUGCAGUGUACUCUUGCAAUGCAAUGGACAAGAAUUUCUUUGUUUGUUUUUUAUAUGCAGAAUUGGAUGAAAAUGGCGAAUGUGUGGUUUCGAAACAGAUCAAUAUUUAUAUCACCUUUUUCACUAUAAAUUCUCCUCCCUGCCCAGUAGGUGGCGAUAUGCACAAAGAAUGUGAAUCGCCAAAAACAAAAGAAGUGAAAGUAGAGAUUUAUUGUAAAAAAGGUCUUAAUUAUCCGUUUCUUACUCACACUUAUAAAUCUCUUUUGAAGAUAUAGGUUUAACCACUGGAUUCUUAUGGAUUACUUUUAUGCUGCCUUUAUGUGCUUUUUAAAGCGUCAAAAUUGUGGUACCCAUUUACUUGCGUUGUAUGGACAUACAGAGCUGAAACGUUCUUCUAAAAAUCUCUGUUUGUGUUCAGCAGAAGAAAGAAUUCAUACACAUCUGGGAUGGCAUGAGGCCUGAAUCUUUGGUUUCAAAAACGUUGUAAAGAAGAUUUCACAUCCCUAACCAAGGAUUAACAGGCAAUGGAUGGACCAGUAGAUGGCACCAAGCUCAUCCUGAGUUUCAAGCCUGAACUAAUGGACGCCCUGAUGGAAGAUCCAGACUUAUUGCUGCAGCAUUGCCAUUCUCUUGGCAUAUUGUCCAAUAAUCAGUACAACAACAUUAAAGACAUAAACAAACGAUCAUGGCAGGUACGGGAUAUCUUGGAUUAUGUGAUUUGCAACAACAAACGUGCGCUGAGUUUCCUGAGGUUGCUGAAAAGGCAAGACAUGCAAGAGACAUUUCCGAAACUACAAUUACUUCAAAAGCUGCAGAUCAACAAACGAAAGAGGCAAACAACCUCAGAGACGACAGCAAAGAGGAAGCCAGAGAUGCUGGAAAACGAUGUCCUCCAGGAGCAGUCAUGCAUAACCAACUCCAGGAUAGUGACCGAGAGGGAAAUGAUGAAAGUGGCCCGCUACAUCGGGAAGAUCUGGAGGGAGGUGGGCAUUAUGGCAUUGGAAAUGAGCACCACCACUCUUCAACAGAUAGAGGAAGAUAACAAGCUGCACACCGAGCGGGUUUUUGCCAUGCUGCGACGAUGGAGCAUCCGCGAGAGGGAUGGGGCCACAGCAGCCCGCCUCUAUUCCCUUUUAACGCAAGAGGAGAAUGGAAUAGACCCUCGGAAUAUGAGCUUCCUGCUGGAAAACAGCUGAGGCCCAUGAGAACAAUCAUUAAAUGAAUAAUCCGGGUUCAAUACAAGUUCAGCUUAAUCGAUAACAUUUGUGGCAUAAUAUUGAUUACCACAAAAAAUCAUUUUGGCUCGUCCCUCCUUUUCCUUCAAGAAAAGCAAACAUCGAGGUUACAUUGGAAGUGAAUGGGGACAAUUUUUUGAAGAUUUAAAGGCAGAAAUAUGAGGCUUAUAAUUUCAUAAAAGCACUUACAUCAAUUCUUCUGUUAAAACUCCUGUAUUAUUUGAGCUGUAAAGUUGUUUAAAUCAACACUUUUAGGGUCAUUUUAGGGUUUAUAGUGUUACGUCAUCAUGACAGUGAAAUUGCAAAAGUGGAUAUAACUUUGCACAGAAAAGGUUAGCAGACGAUUUUAUCAUGCUAAAAUCAUGUUAACACGCAUAUGGUUUAUGUCUUGUGGCUAUAUUUUUGAAACUGAGGAUUUUAAUGUUUACGGAUUAGCCACAUUCACUUCCAUUGUAACCCAGUUUUUUUUUUUUUUUUUUUUUUUUUUUGUUAAAGGAGGGACAAGUCGUAAUUCAUUUUUGUUGUAAUCAACAUUAUGCCACAAAUGCUGUUAAUUGACCUAAACUCAUAUUGAACCCAGAAUACUUGGGAGCACUUUGCAUGUGCAGACAUGCAAGAAUACCACUAGAGGGAGUUAUAACUGCAAGUCAGUUAUAAUGAAGAAUGUUAACUCAUUUUACUGUUGUUUUUUGUUUGUUUGUUUGUUUGUUUUAGUAAAGAGGAUGUAUAUAAAGUAAGCAGCUUAAAACAAAAUGGGAAAUGCUCAAACGCAACAAGCUAAAAUAUUUUGAUGUGCAAACCUAUCUUUUAGGAAUUUUUUAUUUGUAUUUUUUUAAACUUUGAAAUGCAGAAUGUUUUUUUUUUUUUUAUAGGUGCUGGACUGAAUUGACUGAAUUUUUUUUGUUUUUUUUUUUGUUUAGUUUCAGUGUUUUAUUCCUUUAUGGCAUUAUUACCUGAUUAUUUUUGUUAUGCUUCGUUCCAUGUGAAACCGUUACACAACGUAACAUUCCAGCUUUUCAGGUGUGUUUGCACUGUGCAUUUGCGUCCUGAUAUAAGUUAAUAUUUUUGUAACUAUUCCAGGUGAGCCAAGCUGUAGCAACUGACUUGCUAAAAUACUUUAUACAAAACAAUUCUUUCUUUUUUUUUUCAUUAACAAAUGUGAAAUGUUUUAUCUAAGUCUUAAAAUUUGAGGUGAUUCCAUGAGCAGAUAAGUAAGGCCUAUGUUUAUGACAGAAGUUUAAAAAGACUCCAUUAGAGACCGCUAUCUGGCAACGUUAUGGCGACCUUUGCUCUCUCUCGGCAAGUAUCACGUUGUUUCACCCUGAUGCAAUUUUCACCCUGGUGUUUCACCCGGGUUCACCCUUGUUCACCCUUGUUUUGCAUGCCAAGCAGGUAAUAGGCUUGGAGGCGGAGCUUUGUACUAUUCCAUUGUACAAGCUAGUCAUUAAACAGCGUCUAAUCUUGCCAGAUUUCAGUUUUUUAUUUAUUUUUUAUUCCUUGCAACCUGCAUAGGAACAUUCAUUUCAUUGUGAACAAUGUUAUCAUGCUUAAAUUUAUUGGAUUCAAUUUAUUGAAGGAACUUCAUGGAACUUCUUCCUGCAUGUAAAUUUAAUUUUCACUUUGCCAUUUUUUGUAUUUCUGAAUCUCAUUUUUGUUUUGUAAAUAAUCGAUCAUGCUUCUGGUGAUGUGUUAAUUGUGAGUAAAAUAAAUGAAU